CUGAGGUUUGAAAUUGACUACGUGAUCAUUGGACGACUCUGACAAUAGCAAAGAAGUGACUUCUCCUAUCAUCUUUGGGUCGUAGCCGUUUCGCCCCCACCGUUGUCAUUACCCCCCCCGCCUUCCCGGAGCACCAAGAAAAUAGCGUUAUCGUUGCGUGAGUUUCGACUUCAUUCAAAACAAAUCUACAACCAACGUUAGGGUGGAAAAUCGUGAGUAGCGGUUUUCUUCUUUUCUUCCUAGUGGACUCCAGUCGGAAAGAAAUAAGGCUCGGACCACACAAAAUAACUAAGCAAGAUGUCUGAAGUCGAGGAGACGCUGAACCGCAUCAAGACGCACAAGGGCGUGCAGGGGAUCGUGAUCGUGAACGCCGAGGGCGUGCCGAUCCGGUCCACCUUGGAUUUGAAGUUCACGCUGCAGUACUCGAGUCUGAUCUCGCAGUUGACUGCGAAAGCCCGUUCUGUGGUGCGCGAUUUGGAUCCGAUGAAUGACUUGACCUUUCUCCGCAUCCGCAGCAAGAAACACGAAAUCAUGGUGGCGCCCGACAAGGAGUAUCUGCUCAUCGUGAUUCAGGAUCCCAAUGCGGAUCAGGCGGUGUAGCGGCAACUCGGAAGGUUCAGGUCGUCGUGAAAGACGGUGGCGAAGUGAAAGCUUGAUUUUCACACGAGCAAUCGGACAAUGGAGGAAGGAGUUCAGAAACAGAAUAUGUGAUGCGACAUCUGCGAAGCGAUCGGAUCCAUUGCAUUUGAAUCUUGUCAAGCUCUAUCUUACAGCAAGUACUCAGAAUUUCAAUUUUUACGUUCAAGCUGACACGUUUGCAAUUUGACUGCGAUUUUUAAUGUUAACUGUGCUAAUGAGUCGUGCCACGUUCAAACACAAUUUACAAUAGCGAUACAAAGUUGUCUGCUUAGGUUUUUCACUGGGAUAAAUUCAGGAUACUGUGCCCCCGGGGGAGAUGCCGGGUAACCAAGGUCCACUAGAAGGCUCUGUUUUUCUCCGUUUACAGAGGUCGCCCCCUUCUAGGAUAUUUUGCGAACAGCCCAGUUUGCAACUUGCCUCAUCCCUUGUUUUAGUUUGUACUAGUUUGCCACUACUAUAAAGACUUUGCAUGCAGAAGGGAUAGAGGAUCUUAGCUAGAGUGCUCGUAGUGCAUCGGACAACUUGUUUCGAGUCAAAGUGUCCACCUCUUUGCAUUUUAGGAAGCGCUACAUGACUUUGCAUGAGCACACCCAAAACGGAUAGUUAUGGUUUUCUUUUGUCAAAGAGCAGCAGCUGGCAUCCCGCUGUACCCGAACCCCAGCUGUGGCCUUUUGUAUAUUUUGUCAUGACUUCCCGCCCCCGCCUAAACCCGUACCCUCCCCCCCCUUUUCCCUACCCCCUUGCUUUGUGAUUCAAACAUCAUGCAUGUUUCACAUUGAAUUUGAAUCACGAAUAGAUUGGGCCGUCAGAUCAAGCCUUAUCCCCCAUGUUCGAUGCGUUCUGCCUGCUCGAAAGCACAACGGCUUGCAUGUUCGGCAUUCAGCGUCAGUACGACAGUGGCGCAGGUUUGACCACAUUGCGACGCCGUAGCGAACGGCUGGCCGCAGGAUGUUUUUUCGGUAUUAGAGUGCUGGAUCUGAUGUAUAGCGCUAGCCCUUUCAUCCCUCCCGUCCUUUGGAAGUACCCUACGGACCUUGCCCAGUCUAUUCAGCCUUGCCAGGUGUUGUGUCCGUGUCUGGCCCCUGCCCAUGGAGUAGCCCUCCGGCACCCUCCCCACCCUCGUUCCCUGUCUUGCAUACUGCCUUCCAGAAUAUGCGCUGUGCAUCUCCUGCAACUUCUUAGAGAGUGGCGGCUCUUGAUUUUCCGGAAUCUCUCGUCG